AUGGACAUAUCCGAGGAAACUAUCCAGAAAAUUCUGAAAUUUUCUAAGAAUCGUCAAGCUACAGAGAAGGAGUCGACCAGCGAGCCUCUUAGUACAACCGCCCUGCAAGCUUAUGCUCAUCGCUUAGAUAAGACCCUAGAAAAGCUCCAAGAGCAGUUCAGACUCCAAGAGGAUGAACUCAUUGAACUCCGUAAGAUUCAUUCGCAUGGCCUUUUGGAUGAUGAAGAGGACAUCUGGGCGCGUGUUUCUCGCAACCGGAGGAUUCAAAAAGCCUACGAGUCACUACUUGCAACGGCAGAUGAGGUACCAGCUACAGAUCCCAUCCUGCCCUCAUUGAUAGCAGUUGAAGAAACCGCCAUGCUUGUCACUGAGAGCAAGGCUGCCGUCUCUCAGACAGCACAUAAGCUAUCCGCAGACCGUGAGCGCCUUAAAAUGGAAGAGGCCAAUCUUCAGGACUCACAACUAAUUGCCAGUGGACUGAGAGAGCGGAUACAGAUUAUUCGAAAUCUCAAUGCACGAAAGCAAAAACAAACCCCAUCUCAGGUCGCUCAAGAGGUGAUCGGUCAAAAGCAAGAGAGGAACACCGAACUACUUCAAGCCUCAAAAGAUCUAAAAUACUCACUGGUCCACUUUAUCGAUGAGACCUUGGCUCCUAUGCUUGCUGCUGAGGACCUUGGGGGUCCCACUGUUGGGGACGCAUUGGAGGUGUCAGAUGCCACACUAAAGGCAGGCUACACCGCCCAUGGGAAACCAAAAAAGCAGAAGCCCACCGAGCCCCAGGAAGGGGGUCAACAGCGGAUCGAUCAAUUCCUUCGCGGCAAUGUAGAUGGUACCACUUCCAACAACAAACGUGAAGCUGCCGCUGAAGAGGUGCAUGAGUUAUUGAAUGCCCUAUUGGAUGCGGGCACUUCUUAUGUAGAUCUCAAACGUGAUUCGGCGAUUUCACGUUUUCUAGUGGGAGCCAGAGUAGCUCAAUUUCACCCGAGAGAUGCCAAGCGCUUGCGACUAAUUGAUUUCAGUCGUUCGCUAAGGUAA